CCAUUUUGGCUCAAGCCAGCCCCGCGCGGUUUCUUGGGUCUGCCUCUGGCGAUAGCCAAACGGCGGGCCCUUCGCUCGGGCGCAGCCAUGGCGACGGGAGGGUGUGGAGUUGCACGCCCAUUUCGCCGCAGCCCCGAGGACCGCAAGGCAGGGAAGCUGUGGGCUAGGCAGUCUGCCGAUCGUGCGAUCAUCAAGCUCUCCGACGAGCUCAGGCGGGUGCAGGCGGACUUCGAGGCGAUCAUUUGCGGCCUCACCACCAUCUUCGGGUGCGCGGAGCUGGCCGAUCGCAUCGUCGCGCUGGCGCCGGCCUUGGGGGAGAAGCUAGCAGGGCGCGUGCCGUCUGCGGCGCUAGCUGUGAGAAGGAACGUUGCCCUGCAUUCCGACGCUCGCGGUGUACGAGUGUCGACUGCGCCGAUCGAGCAGUUGCGGCGCCUGCAGAAAUAUGGGGCCAGGCUGGAGGCCCGUGCGGAGGCAGAGAGCUUCACGUUCAACGCGGACGCUGCGGAGUUCUUCCGUUGUGGCCCGCUCGGCACGUGUUUGGAAUGUUUGCCGCUGCCUGGUGUGCUUGGCUAUUCGGAGUCGGGGUUGUUCGAGGCCGUCGAGGGCACCUCCGUGGCUUGCGCUGGUGACGGCGGCGGUGAGCAUGAUGUCGGCCCUGCUGGUGACGUGCCGUCUAAGGUGAUCACCCCCGAGUUUUUCGCAGCUGGUCGCAAGUCGUCUUCUACUUCGGCGCCAUCGCUGGGCCUCUGUCCUGUCGAAGGGCUGCGCCAGGGAGGUGGGGUUCCUGUUCGUGCUGUUCUUCCUGGGGAGCCGCUUCGUGCUGAUUGUCUUCCGGAUCUGCUGGCCGGCCCAGGACCUGCGGCGGAGGGGGGCUGUUGCAGCACCUUGGACGAGCUCCUGGAGGCAGAGGUGUUGAAGUAUGAGGCGCUGGAGGCCGCACGUGCUUCGCCUGGGGCCCUGGGGGCCGGCUCGGCCGAGUUCGACUUCCAGGAGGUGGGUGCUGCCGACGCUGAAGCUGAAGUGGAUACGGCCUGCUCGGUGUCGGAGGCGGCGCCACAGGCCAGCACUGCGGUUCUGGCGUACCUGCACGCUCACCCUGCGGCGCUCCUCUCGGGUGGCGGCGGGGCCCUCGAGGCUCCUGUGGCUGGCGGCACUGGUCCUGGCGCUGGUUUCGAGGGCAGCCGCGCCCGCAGGAAGCGAGGUGCAAGCAUGGGGCGGCGCGCCCGUCGCGUCCGCUUCGACCUUCGCCCCGUCGUCAUCGGCACGGCCUUCGAGGAAGAUGCCGAGGCCCAGGACGGUUAG